AUGAACAUUCAAUUACUUAUUUAUCGUCUUAUUUUAAUUACGGCUUAUAUCUCCUACAAUGGAUGUGCAGUUGUAGAGACAAGUUCAAUCAGAGAUGAAAUAGUCGAAACUCUAUUUGCUAAUUAUCAAAGUCAUGUUCGUCCUGGAGAACUUAUUCAGAAUACAACAGUGGUUACAAUUUACAUAUCUGUAUCCGCUAUAACAUCUGUGGAUGUACGCAAUAUGGAAUACACUAUUGAUAUGUUACUUCGUCAGACAUGGUAUGAUCCAAGGUUAGCCUGGGAUCAAAUAGAUAAAUUUAAACACUAUACAAAAAACAUCGUCUCCCCAGUAUUCAAAGAAAAAAUAUGGCUUCCAGAUUUAUUUUUUCGAAAUGGAAAGGAAGGCAGAUUGCAUACAAUGACUUGUGAGAACUUACUGAUACGCAUACAACCGAACGGUGAAAUAUUGUACAGUCAGAAGAUUACAAUGCGUAUGGCUUGUCAAAUGGAAUUACGAACAUUUCCCAUGGAUACUCAAGAAUGUUAUAUGGAUAUUGGAAGUUAUGGAUACACACUAGAGCAGAUCAGUUUUGUGUGGCGAAACGAAUCCCCUGUGGAUUUGAAUAAAGAUUUACAGAUAUCAGAAUUUGAUCCGCCUCAGGCAGUGAGAGCUUACGAUUGUACAAGUGGGUAUGCAACGUCAACAGGACAGUACACAUGUUUGAAUGCCACAUUCACACUACAACGGCAGUUAGGCUACUGGUUGGCGAGCACUUACAUACCUAACAUUCUUAUUAUGGUCGUAUCAUGGCUAAACUUUUGGGUCAGCUUGGAGGCUAUACCAGCCAGAGUUAACUUGAGUUUGCUAACGCUUCUCGGUGUGAUCACCCAGUCGACAAGUUAUGCCAGCUCCCUUCCAAGAGUAUCAUACAUAAAAGCAAUCGAUAUUUGGACAAUCGCCUGCAUAACUUUUAAUUCUGGUGUCUUACUCGAAUUCGCCAUAGCUUCUCACCUAGCCAGACGACAAAAAGUUUCCGAGUGGCAAGUAGAAAUAAGAAAGUUGGUUAGACGAGAGCUAGCCAGAUGGUGUUCAGCUUGCCAACUGCAGUAUGCACAAAGAGGACCAUCUGCACUCUCCGCCUACUCAUCAAAUAGGUCGAAUGAUAAAGUUUCUGACUACAUCAAUUCAGUAGCAGCUGUUGCAUUUGCAAUUCAAAAUAGUCCUGCAAUAGAAAGAACUAGCCCUCAAAUGUCAGUUCGUUUGACCAAAUCAGGUCUGUUGUCAACCACUGCUAUGAAAUCAGGGAAAACAGACAAAAUGUCAAAGAACACUUUCUAUGAAUUGGUUGCCAAUGAUUCAGCACUCACAUCUUUGGAUACAACACAAAAAGAAGCACUUUUACCACCAAGUGAACCUCAACGGGUCAAGAAACCGGCUUCAAUGUCAAAAAUAGACAGUUAUAGUCGAUUUCUUUUCCCAGCGUGCUUCCUAUUGUACAACUGUUUUUAUUGGCUAUAUUAUCUAGUCGUUAUGAAACACAAAUAA